UUAGAACCAAAUAGAAAGAUUUUUAGAAAAAAAUCACUUGCAACAGUAACCAAAGUUGUACCAGUUCUCCUCUUUUGAUCUUUGCUAUAUGCCUUGUCUUUCGACAUCAGCUUCAAGUCAACAGUUUUCAUUCUGAGGAAAUCCAAGAGGGCUGUCUUCCAGAUUGAAAAGCUGGGAUAAGUCUGAAGAGCUCCUAAUUCUACAGUGAUCAAGGAAAGUAGGAUGAAAAUCUUUCCAAUAUUUGUAGACACAGUGUAAUUCCCGGCCCCCUCCCCUCCAAAGUGGAACCAUUUAAACUAUUCAUCUUCCCACAAAGUUUCAAGAGUUGAAGAAUAAUUUAUCUUGAGGCAAAUGACACCAGCCGGAGAGGGCACAUUAUAAAGGGGGACUAUCUUUUUGAAGCUCAGCAACUUCUUACCCGCGAAGUCACAAGCUAUUUCUCUUAAAACUCCUUGAGAAAGGCAGCAUUGUGGCACCGUGAACCUCAUGCUGGGUUUGGAGACCUUGGAUUCAAACCUCAGACAAACAGACCCUUAAGAAUGAUGACCCAAACAAACUGUACCAUGUAGCACAGGAACAAGUGAACUGCUAGGAAAGUAUGAUGACUCUAUUUUGGUUUGCUUGCUUCAUAGUUCUAUUUAUUUCUUCCCUUGAAGCUGAUGAUUGUGUGGAGUUUGAAGAUGAAAUAGUACUAGUUAUUUUUGAAGAUGAGCUCGAUGUUCAUCAUGGUAGUUCGAGAAAAUUUGGCCCUCCCAGUAACAUAAGUUGGUAUGGAAGUGACGGUAAGACAGCCAUCUCUAUGGAUCGGAACUCUAGGGUUCACCAGCACAGAGAGAUGCUUUGGUUUGUUCCAGCUGCAAUAGAAGACUCAGGAUAUUAUUACCUUGUUGAAAGAAAUUCUACCCACUGCCACAAACAGAAAAUCAAGAUAGAAAUCUUGAAGAAACAUCCUGGAAGGUGUUAUGAUGUGCUAUCUGAAUAUGAACAAAAAUUGCUUUCAGGACCUGGUGGCUUUAUUGUGUGUCCCCAUUUGAAUAUUUUUGAAGAUAAAAAUAAUAAUCUACCUAAAGUUCAGUGGUAUAAGGAUUGUAAACCUCUCCUUAACAAUACAAAAUUUAAUGGACUAAAAGCUAAUCUCUACCUGCGUAAUAUACAGAAAGAAGAUGAGGGGCACUAUACUUGCCUUAUAUCCUAUGGUUAUAUGGGGAAGCAUUAUAACAUUACUCGGUCAAUACAUCUACGCAUUAUAGGGAGAGAAAAGAAGAAAAUGCCAGUGAUUCUGACUCCAGAAAACAGGACAAUGGAAGUGGAACUUGGAUCCCAGUUGCUUUUGGACUGCAACUUCACAGCUCAAAAGAAUGACCUUCAAUAUUGGACUUGGAAUGGAUCAUUUGCUCACAAAGAACCUAAUAUUACAUGGUCUGAACUUUCAGUUCCGAAUUUAAAUGAUAUGAACAUUGUCACAAGGGUUUCUAGGCUUGUCAUUUUAAAAGUGGAAAGUAGGCAUUAUUUGUACCCAUUUUUAUGCUGGGUUACCAAUGAAGCUGGUAUAGCUACAACAUAUAUUGCCUUGAGACCACCAGUCUCAGAUUCCAGAAUGUACCUGAUUGGAGGAUUCAUCUCUUUGGCCUUAGUAGUUACGUUCUCCAUGUUUCUCUACAAAAUUUUCAAGGUUGAAAUUGUGCUUUUGUAUAGGGAUUCUUGCCAUCCAUAUUUCCUGAAAAAAGCUUUGGAUGGAAAAGUCUAUGAUGCAUACAUAUUAUAUCCAAAAUAUUUUGAAGAAGGGUCCAGCUACAUCUCAGACAUCUUUGUGUUUAAAAUCUUGCCUGAAGUCUUGGAAAAUCAGUGUGGAUAUAAUCUGUUCAUCUAUGGAAGGGAUGAUCUUGUUGGAGAAGAUGCUAUCAUGGUUAUCAAUGAGAACAUUAGGAAAAGCAGAAGACUAAUUAUUGUCUUAACUGGAGAGCAUUCAAGUUACAAUUGGCUGGGAAACACGUCGGAACAGCAAAUAGCUAUGUAUAAUGCUCUUGUCCAGGAUGGAAUUAAAAUCAUCCUGAUUGAACUAGAAAAAAUUAAGAACUAUGGGAAUAUGCCAGAAUCUAUUAAAUACCUCAAACAGAAGCAUGGUGUCAUCCAGUGGAAAGGAGAUUUCAUGGAAGAAGUCCCAUCUGCAAAGACAAAGUUUUGGAGGUGCAUCAGGUACCACAUGCCAGCACAGCGGCAACAGUCUUCUUUCACAAGAGAACCCUCGGUUCUAGAUUCUGUGCUGAACUCUAAGAAGAAAUAGCACAUGGCACUUUGAGCACUCAGGGAAACUCUCUGAAAGAUUGCACAGGUCUCCUUACGUAGAAGCUGUCUGUUUGCCUUAAAGAAUUUCCAGGUUGGGUAGAUUGUUAUGGUGGCUUUUCCAGUCAUGAGAGCAGUGUGUGUGUGUGUGUGUGUGUGUGUGUGUGUGUGUGUGUGUGGUCAUCACUUGCCACUGUGUGGUCACUUGGAGUUUUGUUUCAGUAUUAAAGAUGAUCAAAUCAUUAACAGUGAAGGACUUUAGGUCAAGGAUGGAUGAGGGGCACAAUGGAGUGAAGGAACAACAAAGGGAGGGAGAGGGGGAAAGGGUAGAAAAUCCCUACAUCCUUCCUUUAAAGCCAGCACUAUGAAACACAUCAGCAUAUGAAAGAUAAGACUCAGAAAGGGGAUAUGCAGUAAUUGAGGAUAGAUUUUAAAAUUAGUAACUGUUCAGAAAAGAUGGCUGGCAGACUUGAUACCUAGCUUUGCUUCAGAGGGCAAUGCAGCUAGAAAUCUCCUCCCAAAAUUGGGGUUUGUUUUGUUUUGUUUUUUUAACCUUGAACAAAUGGCAUUUCACCGAGGAACAAUUUCAGAGAUAUCUUUGCAUCCACUUUGCACUCGCUGUAUCCAUCACAUUUCCUGCUAGCUGUCAGUUUCUAAAGAAUCAGUGAGAAUUUUAUACUGAUGCUUUUAAUUACAUUAGUGGUUAAAACAAUUCUCUGGGAUUGCAAAUCUUUUAAAAUGGUAUUUGACUUUAGGUUUCUCUAGGGAUAGUAACCUAAAAAAAAAAAAGAAAGAGACUUGUCUUUUACAUCUGGGUCAAGAUUUCACUGGAGCACAAAAUAGUUUUUUAGAGGCAGGCCUCAAAAGAAAUAAAAAUACAAAUGUACCUUAAAGAAAACUAUAUUUCUUCUUAUACAUUUAUAUACAUAGAGAUUUUAGAGGGGAGUCUCUGAUAACCUCAGUCAGUCAGUCUUGAGGUACAGUACUUGUUAAUAGCACCACAUAUAAAAAAGAAAGAGCAAAACUGUUCCUUUUAAAUGCCUUCUAAUAAGUUUUAUUUAUAAUGUUCUGCUAAGUAGGUUGGGAGGACUCUUGGGAGUACAAGGAAAGUUAAUUCUAAAACAUUCUGGUUGUAACUUAGAAAUAAUGGGAUAGUUUGUGAAAGAAAGGGAAGGGGAAGAAAUAAUUGGGGAAGAAUGAACACUAAGAUUUCUAAGAACUGAGAAGUGCAAGUGGAGAAGAGCAUAACAUAGGAAAGUUUAAUUAUAUUGGCUUCUCAGGGAGGAAAAAAAUUUAAUUUUUCAUUCUGGGGGAGCACCCUCUGCCUUAUUGUUUUUUAAUAAGCACAUUAACUUCCCCCCUGUCUGGUUACCUCAGAAGACUACAUUGUCCUCUCCAUUCCAUUUCAAAUUAAUAAGUUUUUUUUUAUUGUACUUUUAGUUAUGAUGCUGACAACUUUAGUAUAAAAAGUUCUUCCACAUGUGUAGCAAGGUAACAUCCUUGAAAGAUGUCAGAAUUGCUUUAGGACAAUAUGUGUCCUCUCAUUCUACAGAAAAAAGCAUUGCACAAUAUUUUUUUCAGUGUCAGACAUUCCUUUUUGAUAAACAAUGUUGUUUAUAUGUUUCAAGAUAUAAGUAUGUUUGUCCACUUGUUUGUGUAACUUCAACAGAUGCUAAAUAUUUUUAUGUAUAAACAUCAAGUUCAUGAUUUGCGGUAAAUUUUUUGAUUGGUUCCAAUCCAAUGUGUUUGUUUUCCAAUAAAAUUAUCCUAAAACUUGCAGCUUUAUUAAGAAAUCUGAUGGUCCCUGUUGUCUAAAAAUCUGUUUCUUUCCUCCCCCAUCUCUCUACCUUAAGUUCCCACUCCCAGGAAUGAACUAUAAAAUAGAACUAUGAAAAGUUUAGCCAGACUAAGAAGACCCCACACAAAUGAUAAAAACGGAAGUCAGAAGAUAUGUGUGCAAAUCAAUGGGCUAUGAAUACAUUGACUUUUUAAGUUAGGUUGCUCUAUUUGCUGUACAACUGUGGGUUGUUCUUUUUUUUUUGAGGGGAGAAGGGGAACAUUUCUAGCCUCUUUGUGUCUUUGCUAUGAAAUAAAGUCAAGAUGUGAAUUUUU